UGGUCUGUAAAUCCAGGCACCAGGAGUGGCACGGUGGCAAACGAAUCCCCCUCGCCAAAUCAGAACUCUUUCCAUCUCAAGGAUGAAGUCACAUGCGGUCACAGGCAAACGACAUUCCAGCGUGGCCACAAACCUUGCCUAUUUAUUCGUUGACCAUCCACGAUCCGAGUGAGAAGCAUCCAGGCAAUAUAAAUUCAUUGUUCUCGACUUACACUGCAAAAGUAUCACACUACCUUAGACCCUCUCAUACACACCUCGACUCAACGUCGGACGACAACACCAUGUCUUCAUCCGGCAAUCAGACCAACUCCCUGUCUUCGGGAUCCUACAGUUCCGUCUCAUACAGCUCGGCCAGCUACAGUAGCUCCAGCUCCAGCGACCCCACAGGCCACAGUGCCACAUUUACCCAAAUGACGUCCUCCAACGACCGCGACGGCACUACGGUCCGACGCACCGCCCAUGAAACUGGUCAGCCGGAUUUCGAUGAGACGAGACACUACCCAACUCAAGGGGGCCAGACCACUAUCGAGGGUGGUCAAGGUGGCGGCAACGAUGCAGCGAGGGUCCAGGACGUGACAGAUGAGGAUCCGGAGCAGGCGGCCAGGGAUCGAGAGUACGAGGAACGCAUGGAGGACGAGUAUGCCAAACGUGAAGGCGGCGCUUAAUUUUGAGUCUGUUUUGCUUUGCGACAUUCUAGGUUCAGACUGUACAACAAGGACUUUAACGAGGCAAAUGAGUUUUCCAGCAGAUAGCUGUAAUUUGUAUCUCCUCUAAUCAUAUCAUCUCUCAUUCUUUUUCUCAA